CACGUCUUAUGCUACUCUGUAGCGCUAUAUAGACGUUAAUAUACAAACAAAAUCAAUCAACACAAUCUACAUCUACAGGAGUGAAAUCAGCUUUUGUAGAAUCACGUAGAUAACUUGCUCGGAAAAGACUUUAGGACCCCCCAAAAAAUAUUCCCUCGCCUUCGGCGCGCCCGUUGGUAUGGCUAACGCGAUGUUAACCAGACUGCAGACGCCAGAGGCUCAAGUGACUGAUAAUACUAGCUGGGUGCAAGCCUAUAGCAACAGGAAGUCGCAAGACGUCUUGCUGCGCAACGCCCGGAAAACCACGCACUAGCCUCUCCCUUCAAGCAGCAGUCCUCUGCCCCCGAUCGAUUCUUCGACUCGAGCCCGAAGCAAGAAAGCCCCGACUAAGAACUACUUCAGUGUCCUCGACAAUGGAUCGCUUGGCGAUGAUCUCGACUUCGACCUCCAGGCCCACGCCGAAGAGGUUAUUUUACACGAAAAAGAAAGAAUGGAGGCAUGUAACAAUGUCCUGCGUACAUUCGCAGUGACAAUCAACGCCUGCUGCAAGAAAUACACCAAGGGAUACUCCCAGAAAGUCGCCAACAAAUUCGCGCGAUCUCUCCUCCGACAAUAGGACAGCUUUGUGCGUAACGAGCAGGGCACUAGCCCUAACCCGGCAAAAACACAACCUCAGGCCAUGGAAUAUCAACUACGCCGCGAGAACCCCAAGAAUAUCAAGGUAAAGAAGACAGUCAGCUGGGCUGACAAGGCCGCGGAACGGAACACGUCCGCCCCCGGAGAUGUGGGGCUCGGGUCCGACCGAUCAAGCCCGCGUGUAACGAAGAAGCCGACCUAUAAGGACCGGCGAGUUCUCCUUCGGAUCAAGGCAGACUCCGAGACUCUCAAGAAAGAUGGCUACCAAGUCCGAGAUAUGCUACUAAAGCAUCUAAAGCUGAAUGAUCGAGAUAUAGAAAACGUGAAACCAACUAACACUAGCUGGGUUGUUCGGGUGUAACGGGCUAGGCUCGUGGAGGUCUCGGGUAGCCCUCGACCAUCUAGGCAAGGGACUCAUGUAAGUCAUAUAAAAGGCUAUUCCAGCUAGCUGGAAUAGCCCCUUUUCGAUCCCUUCUUCUUCAUCUUCGGAUACUCGUAGUAGUCGCUCAGCUAGUUGUUAAUAUACUCAGUUGAGACCGUU